GAAACUUUUAACAUUUACCAACUACUUUUAUUAAAGAAAUCGUUUGGUUUCUCAAGGAAAAUACCGAGUUUUUUGCUAAAUAAAAGGAAAUAUUUCUUAUAAACCAUCAAAAUGUCUAUGCAAGUUCGCAUUAAGCAACAAAUGCAGGAUUUGGACCAAAGAUUGGCGUCUUUUCCUCAGCUCAAUCAGCUCGAAAAGACCGUUGGUGUUAGUAAGCUUUAUGUGUUUCUAGGCGUUGCUGGCGUUUACUUUUUGUUUUUGAUUUUUAAUAUGGGUGGCCCUAUUCUGACAAACCUCUUGGCUUUUGUUAUGCCGGCCUUUUUUAGUAUUCAUGCCAUCGAGACUACAAACAAGUCUGACGAUACUCAAUGGCUCACCUACUAUUUGAUCACUUCUUUCCUCAGCGUUGCCGAAUACUGGUCCAAGUUGAUUCUUUACUAUGUCCCUUUCUACUGGCUCAUUAAGGCUGUUUUCAUCUUAUGGUUGGCCUUGCCCAAGUUCAAUGGUGCUACCGUGAUUUACAAUUACGUUAUUCGUCCUUACAUUACUCCUCAUGUUCUUCGUAUGUGCAAGCAAGCUUCUCAAAGCAAUUCCUCUAACCCAACUGGCUCUACUUUUGCCAAGUCCACUUCUACCGACGUCCCUCACCACUUGUAAUGACUUUCGUCAAAGAUGCAAGUCGUGCAGAAAUCGGUUGCACAAAAACGUUGAUGAAUUCUGUUUAUGGAAAAGAUCAAUAAGUUGAUUUCCUUAUUAAUCUUCUUCUACGAACAUAUUCUUAACUCUGUUUGCUUCAUAAUGUACGCUGAAUGAAGGAGUAUGGAUCAUUAGAAUGCGGACGACAUAAGCUCAAAAGUCGUCCUUAUAUCCUAUGCAUAAAAUUUAAAUCAGGAAAUACGAAACCUUGAAUGAUAAUUUUCAUUUCUAGUCUUAUGAAA